AUUAUUCUCAUCUGGAAAUUUAAGUUGUCAGAAUUGAUUUAUAAAUUAAUUUAUGGGAGCUUGUCAACAUUUGUGCAGAUAGUAAAUUACAAUAGAAUAAGAAAUAACAGUUAAAUAAAAACAUAAAUAAAGAAAAGAAUCUGAUAAGGAUUCUAAGACUGAUCAUAUAUGCUCUCAAAAAGGUGUUUUUGAUGAUAAAAUUGGAGAGGAAUUUCAGUCAUCUAGAGAGAUAAAGUUAUUUAAAAAAAGAAUUUAAAAUUUUGACAUAUAAAGUGAUCGAAAAAAUAGAUUUAUGCAUGAUAUUGAAGAAGAGAUUAAAUUCAUUAUUAAAAAAAAGUAUAUAUAUAUAUAAAUAUUAUAUUUUUAGUAUUUAAGAAGAAUAAGAAAAUAUAAAACGAGUUCAAUAAAUAUAUGAAUAAGAACUUGAACUUUAAAGAAAAUAAUAAAUAAAUAAAUAAAAAGAUGAAUUAGAAAACUAGUUUUCAUUUUAAAAUUCAAUAAUUUAAUAGAAUGAUCAUUCAAUCAUAAAUCCUUUCUAACCUAAAUCAACUUCUUAAUUUGCACCUAAAAGAAACGAUAAUGAUACAGUUUCAUAAAAAUCUUAAAUCUCUAAAACACCAACUCCUCCUUACAAAGAUAAAUCUAUUUCAUCAUAAUCUGAUAUAAUGAGAAAAAGUGCUCUAAUUAAAAUUAUUUAAGCUAGAGAAGAACUAGCCAGUAAUAAUGCAAGUAAAGGUUCUUCUAAAAAAAAAAUGAUGCUUGAUGCAUAUGAAAAAAUGUUUAGUGAAUUCUUUUCAUCAGAUGAAAGAGGAUCUAGUAGUCAAAGUAAAACAUAAAAAAGUCACAAAAGCAUUUUAAAAAAUAGAUCAUUAACUCAUCGAAGUUUCUCUGGAAGUAAAUCAAUUAAAUCAACUCAUACUGCCGUUAAAAAAUCAAAAAAAGUUCGAUUCUCUAAAGAUACAAAUUUCAGUUAUGAAAGAAAAGGUGUUGAAAAGAAAAGAAAAAACUUUUGGGACUGGUGA